CUUCGAAUCCUAAUUUCUUUGGGGGCUUGUAAAGGUAGAGAAGCUCCGAGGCGAAUAUUAGUACAGAAAAUUAGUUUGAUUUCCUAUACUCCAACAUGGCUGUCGUCCAUGCCGGCCCAACUGAUUCCUGGCAUGGAGUUAUCAAACCCGAGAGCCAAUUCCCACCCGAAGCAGGCCGCUAUCAUUUCUACGUCGGACUCUUUUGUCCAUUUGCGCAUCGCGUUCUCCUUGUACGAUACCUCAAAGGGCUGGAAUCCCUCAUCGAUGUCUCAGUUGUGAUGCCGUAUCCCAAAGGCAACGGUGGCCGGGCAGGCUGGCGAUUCCCUACCUCAAAUGACGAAUACGCGGGAGCGACUGUGGACAAAUUGUUCGGAUCCAAGGACCUUCAUGAGCUCUACUUUAGAGCCGAUUCUGGCUACGAAGGAACAAAGUACAGCGUUCCGGUGCUGUGGGACACCAAAGAGGGAACUAUUGUGAACAACGAAAGCGCCGAGUUGCUGCGCUGGCUUCCAACCGCCUUUGAAGACGUACUGCCCAAAGAGGGACAAAAGUACGAACUGGAUCUCUACCCGGCGCAGUUGAGAAGUCAGAUCGAUGAGAUUUCUGAGUGGAUGCAGAGAGAUCUCAAUUCUGGAGUUUACAAGGCCGGAUUUGCGGAGACACAAGAGGCCUAUGAUAAGAAUGUGCCUGUCGUCUUUGCCGCUUUGAACCAUCUAGAAAGUCUCAUCCAUCGCAACGGUGGCCCGUACAUUCUGGGCAGUCAUCUCACAGAACUUGACAUUCGUGCGUACACAACCAUUAUACGGUUUGACGCUGUCUAUGUCCAGCACUUUAAAUGCAACCUGGGAACAAUUCGCGCAAAUUAUCCAGUCAUUCACGAGUGGCUGAAGAAUCUGUAUUGGAAUGUAAAGGGGUUCAAGGAGACGACAGACUUCAAGCAUAUCAAGGAAAACUAUACCAAGAGUCACACGAAAAUCAAUCCACUAGCAAUCACUCCUCUAGGCCCGUAUCCUGAAGUGGAGGAGGGCAUUAACUUGAACUUUGCCGAGCUUAAGCCAGGUUCUGUGAGGCAUCCUAUCGUUCUUGAGAGGCAGGCCGAAUUGUAUAACUAGACGCUUCAUAGAGACCAACAAAUUUAUUUCGCGUGCCAGUUGAUUCUAAGUCUACCAAACUCCGCCAACCAGAAACUUAUACAUAUGAUACCGGAUACUAGUGCUUUAAGGUCUUCCCAUAGCACGCUCAAUUUCCACCAGUGCGGCGAGAACCUUUUCAUCGUACUGUCGCCUGCCAACAAUCUGCAGGCUCACUGGUGCAUUGACAUACUUCUCUGGGCUGUACAUCUCAUACACGAAUCGAUCUUGGUCG